GUGGAACCCUAGUCAUCCUACCAUGUCCAUGUCCGAUAUCCAUUGAUGGAAAUCGAGCUCUAUCUUCAUGGCGAUUCUUGUUUUCCCGCACAUUCCAACUUUCAUAUUUUUGCAAAAUCGUCGUCGCUCAGUUCCACCAUGUUCUUCUUCGGCCACCGUCAAAUUCUCGACUUCCAAGGCAAUAACAAGUUCCAGUGGCGGAAAAAGCACCGGCGCUGCACUUCUUUGGUACAAGAAUGAUCUCCGUGUCGAUGAUCAUCCAGGUUUAAUUGCUGCCUUGCAACAUACGGAGGUUGUUCCUCUUUAUGUCUUCGAUCACCGUAUUCUUCGCCACUUCACUGAGGAAAUGCUUGAGCUGCUUCUCUUUGCUGUAAAAGAUCUGAGAAAGUCAUUGAAGGAUCUGGGAUCUGAUCUGAUGAUCAGGUUGGGGAGGACAGAAUCUGUUAUUCAAGAUCUUGCAAAAGAGGUCAGGGCUGACAGCAUUUACACACAAGAAGAGGUGGAAUAUGACUUACGUUUGGUGAUGGAGAAGGUUAAAGAAAACUUGGGAAAUGUAUUUGUUGAAGAGAAGAGCCCUAAACUAUCUCUAUGGAGUACUCCUUUGUAUGAUAUCAAGAACGGAGUUGACCUUCCAUUGUCAUAUGAUGACUUUCAACGAUUAAAAUUGUCUGUGCAUUCACCCCUUUCAUCCUCAGAUUUACCUGGAGUAGCGACAGAUCUGGCCUGGGGUCCUCUACCAACACUGAAUGAUCUUAAGGAAUUCAUAGAUAAGGAUCCAUACAAAUCAAAAGAUAGCUGGACUUCGAUCAAGGACAGUUCUGCUGAAUAUGUAAUGCAGAAUGCUAGGAGUCUUAUAUCAAUUAGUCCAACCAAUGGUUUUGUGUCAAAUUUGGGGGAGAGCAGUCAAAGUAAUUUGAAUUCCCUUACGACUCAGACCAAGGAGAAAAGAUCGAAAAAAUCAGCAUUUGUAACAAAACAAGGAAAUGUUGUUGGAGGUGGAACAAGUGAUGUGCUUAAUGCGUUGGCUGCAUAUUUAAAAUAUUUAGAGGGUACUAGACGGGAUGAUUGGCAGGAGGUGCAUGAAAAAUUACGCAAUGCUGAAACCCGUGAGGGAGCUUCAUUUGGUACUCUCUUUGGACCGGCCCUUCAGCUUGGAAUCAUUUCUCGAAGGAGAGUGUAUUAUGAGACUAUAAAAUAUGAAAAAGACAGAAAUGGUGGGUUCCUGUCACCCUUUGGGUACUCAGCUGCCACUAUUGCUGCAGCAGCUGAUCAUGUUUGCUCAGUGGAGUGGUAUAGUCUUGUGGCUUCAAGAAGUCAAGUAGAUUUCACAAAAAGAUAUUGUACUCGGUUCUGGAGGUGGAAUGGCCAUCUAAUACAGUAUGCAGUUGUGGGGUGUGAAGGUCCUGCUAUCCUUCUUGUACACGGUUUUGGUGCUUUUUUGGAGCAUUACCGUGACAAUAUCAAUGAUAUAGUUGAAGGUGGCAAUCGAGUUUGGGCAAUCACACUUCUGGGAUUUGGCAGAUCAGAGAAACCAAACGUCAUUUAUACUGAACUUAUGUGGGCUGAGAUACUAAGAGAUUUCAUAGUUGAUGUUGUUCGGGAACCGGUUCAUCUUGUUGGAAACUCAUUUGGAGGCUAUUUUGUUUCUAUUGUUGCUGGCUUGUGGCCUACGUUAGCUACGUCUGUGGUGCUCUUGAACAGCGCUGGCCAUUACAUCCCAGGAUAUUCCUCUGUGCCUCCCUCUAAGGAGAGGAAAACUACAGGAAUAGCAUGGUUGGGUGCCAGGGGCCUUUCGUUCUACCUGAGAUUGAGCUUUAGGAAUUUGGUGAAGCGUUGCUACCCAAUCAAAACAGAUCGUGCAGAUGAAGGGCUUCUCAAUGAGAUGGUAAGGGCAUCAUACGACCCUGGCGUUCUUGUGGUUCUAGAAAGCAUCUUCACGUUUGAUCCUUCGAUUCCACUGAAUUAUCUUCUGAAAGGAUUUGAGCAGAAGGUCCUUGUUAUCCAGGGCAUGAGAGACCCAAUCUCGGACUCCAAGACCAAAGUAAGUGUUGUGAAGAGACACUUCGAGGAAAUCAUAAUUAAGGAGCUGGAUGCAGGUCACUGUCCCCAUGAUGAGGUACCGGAGGAAGUCAACUCUAUCAUCCGGGAAUGGGUGGUCAAUAUCGAAAGCAGACACACGAUCUUGGAACGAACCUGCAAAGAUGGAAGCUGAAUUGCAGACUGAGAGUAUUUAUUGUUGUAUUUCUGUGAAGAUGUUAAAAAAGAAAAAAGUUGCAAGUAGAUUGAAACACAUAAAAGACAGCAUAGAUAAGGAAAGGGUUCAUGUAAGAAUCUCAGAUAUUCUGAGAACCAUGAAACUAAUUUUGUAACAUGUAUUCAUUGAUGAAUGCAUACAUUUGAAUUUUAUAGUCUAUAUUCAUUCAACAAAUAUAUAGAGAGAGAAGAG